AUGAAAGUUAAUUAUUCUGCUCGCAUUGCCUCUAAGCAAAUGCUCAACGAUCUUAUAGACUCAAACUUAAGAUCAACUGAAGUUCUUACUUCAGCCAUCGGGGAAUUUUGCACAUUCUAUCCCGAAGCACAAAAUGCUCUUGACAUUCUUCUCUCCAUCUGUUCCUAUACAGAAGGCGGAAAUGAAAACGCAUCUCAGCUUCCUCAGAACUUCUCAAUAGAAUCCUUCGCAAAUAUCAAUGGAUCUUUCUUCACUGAGAAGUUUGCCAAAAUUAAUCAAAAAAUUUUUAUGAACUAA